CUUGAAGAAGAAGAAGAUGAUGACUAUGAUGGAGAAGAGGAAACCCUAUUUGGUUGUGAUUCUUAUUCAGUUAAUUUAUACAGGCAUGUUCUUGCUCUCCAAAGCCGCCAUGGAUGUGGGCAUGAACUCCUUCAUCUUCGUCUUCUAUAGACAAGCCAUUGCCACUCUUUUCUUGAUCCCAAUCACUCUCUUUCUAGAAUGGAAGAAUGCACCACCUCUCUCAUUUCAAGUCGGUUUCAAGAUUUUCAUGCUUUCCUUCAUCGGGAUUACAAUGAGCUUGAACCUAUAUAGUGUGGCUGUUGUAUACACUUCUGCAAGUUUGGGUGCUGCAACUGCAAAUAGUCUUCCGGCCAUUACCUUCUUCCUUGCACUUUUAAUGAGAAUGGAAGUAGUGAAGGUGAAGAAAUUAUCAGGGAUUGCAAAAGUAUUUGGAAUAGCAAUAUGUAUGGGAGGAGUUGCUUUACUUGCCUUCUAUACUGGUCCAUUCAUAGAAUCUCAUUACCAUUUAUUUAAGAACCAUUUCCAUGGUGCCAAUACAAGCCAUUCUUCUUCAUCUUCCAACAGCCAAACAUGGGUCAAAGGAUGUUUCCUCAUGAUCCUCUCUAAUUCCUGCUGGGGUCUUUGGAUUGUCUUACAGGGUGGUGUGGUGAAAUGUUAUCCGUCAAAACUUCUGCUCACGACUCUUCAAUGCUUCUUUAGCUCGAUCGUAUCUUUUGUGAUAGCCAUUUCCAUGGAAAGAGAUCUUCAAAAAUGGAAACUUGGAUGGAACAUUGAGCUCAUUUCAGUUGCUUAUUGUGGAAUAAUGGUGACAGGUGUGACAUAUUACUUGCAAGCAUGGGUGAUUGAGAAGAAGGGGCCAGUUUUCUUAGCCAUGUCAACCCCCUUGACUCUAGUUUUCACUAUUUUCUCUUCAUAUUUCCUAUUGGGAGAGAUCAUUAGCUUAGGAAGGGUUCUAGGAGGGAUUCUGUUGGUUGUGGGACUUUACAGUGUGUUAUGGGGAAAGAACAGAGAAGAGAAGGAGAUAAUAUUACAAGAGAAAGUAUGCUCAGAACCCAUAGACAUUGAAGCAAUGGAGAUCCCCAAAGAAGAGAAGAACAACAAAAUACCCGAGUGAAGAAUUAAUUCAUUGUAAUUUGGGCUCGAAAAAUGAGAGUUUUACUAUUUUAAAUUUUCUAUUAUAACAAUCGAAAAAUCAUUAGUUGUGUAGGUGAACAAAGUUACAUCCCAAUGAAAAGUUGUUGUUUCAUC